AUGGGGGAGGCAGUGCCUUGCUAUCUGGACUCUGGAGAACAGGAGGAGCCCCGCUGCGCUGCACUGCACUGCACUGCGCUGCAUUGCACUGCACUGCACUGCACUGGAGAGAUAAGAGCAAGUCGUCCAUCGAGACGUCACGCCUGCCUGGAGUGCAUCCUAUUCUGGGACACCACCAUCACCAUCACCAUCACCAUCACGGCGCCGGCUCGUCAUCCCCCUUGCGCCUGGCUUCUUGCUGUGCAUUCUAUCGGUCAGGCAGGGCGCAACACCAGAAACAGCUGCUCUUGUGCCACGCUGGCGCUGACUUGUGAAUGGAGGAGCUGGCCAGCAAAACAAGAUCGAGAAAAGGCAUCCAGCCAGGAGCACCACGCACUCCUCACCCACCACUGGCGCCGAGGCUCCUCACGCCAACCUCGAUGCCCGAGUCCUCUUCCAAGUGGACCAUUCGGUCUGACUGGCCUGUGGAAUGCAGCUGGCCGUCUCACUUUGCGGUUCGACGAGACACCACACCCGCCUGCUAUUAGGCAUGUCAGAUGA